AUGACACCCGCUUCUUCACCUAUAACAUCGCAUUUCAGGGGAAAGUUGACGACUCAGGUACGGAGGGUCCUGCCAGUGUACAUUCUGCUCAUUGUCGUCUUCCUUCUCCUCACCAAUGUGCACUUCGUCACUGCCCCGAUACGCGCCGCACACAAGUACAAGCGGGAAUUGAAGUACCAGAAGCCGCUCAUAAGCACUCAAGGAACCGUCAUUCCGCGGAAGAUAUGGCAAACAUGGAAGACGAAUCCUCUAAGUUUUGAGCAGCGUGACUCCGACACUGCAAAGACGUGGCCUGCGAAGAACCCAGGUUAUCAGUAUGAGGUUCUCACCGACGACAACGCUGUCGAAUAUGUAAGAUGGCACUACGGGCCCCGAGGGUUCAACCGUCCCGAUAUCGUCAAGCUCUACGAAGAGCUCAACAUCACCAUCGUCAAAGCCGACCUGCUGCGCUAUCUGGUCAUCUACGCCGAAGGUGGCGUCUACGCCGACAUCGACGUCGAAUGCCUGCGCCCAAUCAGCCGAUUCAUUCCCGAGCGCUACAACGAGGAAGAAGUGGACAUGAUCAUCGGCGUGGAAAUCGACGAGCCCGCCUUCGCCGAGCACCCCAUCCUCGGAUCCAAGUGCAAGUCCUUCUGCCAGUGGACCUUUGCCGCCAAACCCGGACUUCCGGUCAUGAUGCGCCUCAUUGAGAACAUCCAGGAAUGGCUCGACGACCUGUCGCACAGGAAAGGCGUCCCGAUCAGCAAGCUCCAGCUCGACUUCAACGAGGUCAUCAGCGGGACUGGCCCGUCGGCUUUCACGGAGGCUGUUCUGCAGCAGAUGACGGCGCAGAACCCGGGUCGCAAGCCGGUGACGUGGGACUGGUUCCACAAUCUGGCGGAGUCGCGGCUGGUGAAUGGCAUUCUGGUGCUUAAUGUCGAGGCCUUUGCUGCGGGCCAGGGACACUCCGACUCUGGGAACCACGAUUCAAGAGGCGCUCUUAUCAAGCAUCACUACCAUGCGAGUGGUUGGCCGACGCUGCAUCCCAGGCUCAAUCAUCCCAUGUAUGGUGAGGUGGAGAAGUGUAACUGGAAGCCGGAAUGCGUGGCCGAAUGGGACAAGAACGUCGCAGAAUGGGACACGUUCUCCAAGGAGGAGCAAGACAAGCGCCUCGCCACGAAACCCAAGGACUGA